CAAGCAGAACACAGCAACACGCGCUCUUUGCUCUCAACGCGCAAGGGUCUGACUGACCCUCUGUGACUGAAAAAACCCCAGAGGAAUUCGAGUACAGCUUUCGAAAUUACGCUAUUUUCGUUUUUCCAGUUUUAAGUUGCAUCACUCUGCCAUUCAUAUCCUAACAGGUGUCUUAGUUUAUUUGCUGCAGGAAUAACAGUGAAAUUACCGGACAUUUAUUAUCUGAGGGGAUCUGCAGGUCCUGACGCACAAACGGACAAGCGGGUUUAUGAAGAGGUGUGAAGUCGGAGUGUCGUUUAUUUUGGAUUUCGCACUUGCUCGUGCAGGUCUACGCUAAUAUUACGGUGACCAAUUGAAACAUGUUAAACUAUUAUAUUGCAGGAAUGGAUUUCCAAAGAUGUUCCAUAAAUACAGGUUUCAUGUUAAACUGUGGACUCCAUCUUUGUAAGCCCUGUGUAUAAACACAGCCAAAAUGGAGACAUGGACGUUUAUCCCCAUUUCCAAUAUGUCCCUCCCUGAAGCCCUUUUCAAUGAUAGUUUCUUCCCAGGGAACGAGUCUGACUUUGGCCUGGAGAUUUAUCCCCACAAUGGCACUCACCCUGACUUUGACCAAACCAGUUCUGUAGUCAUCACAUUUGUGUACUUUGUGGUAUGUGCGGUGGGGCUCUGUGGUAAUGCCCUGGUCAUCUACGUUAUCCUGCGCUAUGCCAAGAUGAAGACUGUUACCAACAUCUAUAUUUUGAACUUGGCUGUAGCAGAUGUACUCUGCAUGCUGAGCCUGCCAUUCAUUGCCAUUCAGCUAGCGCUGCUCCACUGGCCCUUUGGAGCCGCAAUUUGCCGCAUCAUCCUAACUGUGGACUCAAUGAACCAGUUCACCAGCAUCUUCUUUCUAACAGUCAUGAGCAUUGAUCGCUACCUGGCCGUGGUGCAUCCAAUAAAAUCCACCAAAUGGCGAAAACCGUGUGUGGCCAAGGCAAUCAGUUUGGCUAUGUGGGGCGUGUCUCUGCUGGUCAACCUACCAAUCAUGAUCUACAGUGGUGUGAACACCAAAAGGAAUGAGGCACGGACAUGUACCAUGUUGUGGCCAGAGCCCCAGAACACAUACUACACUGCUUUCAUCUUUUACACCUUUUUCUUGGGCUUUUUCCUGCCGCUGAUAGUUAUCUCCUUGUGCUACUUGCUCAUCGUCAUUAAGGUGAAGUCCUCAGGCAUGCGGGUGGGUUCAACCAAAAGGAAGCGCUCAGAGCGGAAAGUCACCCGCAUGGUGUCUAUUGUGGUUGUGGUUUUUGUGCUCUGCUGGUUACCUUUCUAUGUAUUCAAUGUGACCUCUGUGACUGGAACUGUGCCGUCCACAUCUGUGCUGAAGAGCACUUUUGACUUUGUGGUGGUGCUGGGUUACGCAAACAGCUGUGCCAACCCCAUCCUCUAUGCCUUCCUGUCGGACAACUUUAAGAAGAGUUUCCAAAACGUCCUGUGUCUAAAAAGAGUCGGAGGCUUGGAUGAGAUUGAGCGCAGUGACAGUCGACAGGACAGGACUCGAAUGGUCAACGACGUUAUGACGGAAACACAUAAUGCCGCACUCCUCAACGGAGACUUGCAGACCAGUAUCUGAGGAUGGUUUGUUGCCUUGAGAGAUCUUGGCCUGAAAAUCACUUUUGUCACUGCUGAGAUGAGAUAUCCUGCAACAAUGCUAAAAGUGAAAUUUGGCCUUUAAGCAGUGAUAUUUUUAGACUCUGCAAUGAAAAGCUCUCAAAUUCUAAAUUGUAAAAACCAUCUGAGGAGUGAUUUAGCAUUUAAGAUCAACAAUGAAACUUUACAUAUCUAAUUUAUUUGCAUAUCUAACAUACGUAUACCAUUUGUUUGGACAGCAACCUCUUUUCAAAGCAUAUUUUUAGGAGGUAAUGUGUGUCCUAAAGUGGUCUGUCAUUUGGUAUUGUUUACCAGGUAACACAACAAGAUCCUUUUUGGCAGCUCAGACUGACAGAGCUCCUGUAUUGCAGCGAUGAGAAAAUGCUAAGAAUGUGAUUUAUUGUAAAUAUAUGUAGUCGUUUUACUUAGUCACUGUCUGAAAAAAAUUCUGAAGCUGUUGUGUUGUUGUGUGUUUUGUUCACUUCAGUCCCAAAAAGUCCAUUGAUAAUUCAAGAUCAUUGCCCUCAUUAGAUAAACACUAGGAACCACAAGUACAGUUAGGAAAGGUUUACUAUUAUUCAAGACUUUUUCAGUGAUGAUGAAUGCAGAAUGGUAGAUGAAUAAAAAGGUACCCAACAUCUGGAGAGGAAAAAAACAGGUAUAAAUUUGUAUGGCCUAGUUAUUUGUUGUAAUUUUGUGAUUUAUGUUUAUGGUUAAAAUAUCUUACUAAACCUGAUGGUUGCAGUCUUUUAUUUUUGUUUAAAUUUGUUUUCCCUCAUAAAUGUUCACCUCUGGUUCCCAAUGGGUUUUUAUUUUGGAAGAGGAAAUUUACAUUCUGUUUAAUGCAGAGAGAGGGGGUGGGGUAGGGAAGAAAGACAUUGUAAUUAUUCAAUGACCUAGACUAGAGAAAGUUCCCUUUAAGCUUUUUAGAUGUAUAAAGUCACCUUAAGGACAUUGGCUAUGCUUCAUUAAUUAAUCAAUUAACAGUCAUCUGCUUAACAGUCGAAUGUUUUUUGCUGUUAAACAAACAACCUUGCUCACCCACCUGAGUAAUACAGUAGAAAUGAUGGCCAAGGUGGCAAUGAUACAGACAAUGAUGAAAGAGAACUCAGGAGGGCAUACAGUUCAUUCAACUUCAACUAAAUUAUUCAGAGAAAAGUAUUAAAUCAAAUACAUUAGCAGAAUUUGAACUGCAAUUCUUGUCAAAAUGUUAAAUAUACCUCAUUAUUAAACAUAAGACACACAGCCUUUAUCCAUCAUUGUGAUGAAUGAUAUCUGUCGUAAUGGCACCAUCUAUGUUACUCUGAACUAGGACAUUUCUGUGGUGGCAAAGGAUGAAGAACGGCAUCGUAACAGCUGCUUUGCAUUUUCAUUACUUGGAGGAAAUGCAAAAUAAUUCAGAUUCAUAAAAUUAUGCUCCAAGUGCCUUACUGUAAAUAAUUAUUUGAAAAGACACAGAAAGAGAUAUGUAGACACUGUUUGGUUUGUGUGUGCAUUCAUUCAUAGAGCUUUAACAACAAACCCUCCAACCUGAAUGUACAAUCAACUCAUCUGCUAUUAUUUGCUUGUAAAUAUGACACUAAUUUAAAACCCCUGUAACAAGAUUUGUUGCACACAGAGCUACAUAAUGUGUAAAUAUUGGAGCUGCCAUGAUACAGAAUGAAAAUCACAUGUUUAUAACCACACCAAUAUGCUGAUAACUAUGCUGAUAAGGUUAUUCAAUAAAUCCGACAACGCAUGGAAACAGCAUUUACAUGAGACUUGUCAUGAGCGUAUUUACAUACACGAUCUUACACUGAUUAUGCUUAAUAAGCUGACAAAUGCCUUAAAUGACUUUCCUUUAUCUGGGUAAGGGCAUAAGCGGUUAGAUUUUUGCCCAUUACCCUGAUUUUGCAUUGCAUGUAUACGCCUUUGCCGGUUUUCCUACCAGCUAAUCCAAAGUGUGCAAGUGUUGGGCUCAUGCCAAUUUAAGGCUUGAUAUCAAAAGCAGAGAAUAACCCAAUUAUUUCAAAUCUCAUGUAAAUGUUGUCGGUUUUCUUGAAAAGCUGAUGUUUGUGGGGGUUUUGAUUGCUGUGCAUGUAAAUGCACUUAAUGAAACAUAGGCUAUUAUAAUCAUUUUUCACUUAAAACUGUUAAGGGGUUUAGAGAAUUUCAAGAUUUGUGAAGGGCUAAAACAAUUAUUCAAACUGAACUUGUUUAUUGUUUGUGUAUGUCCAACUUGUAACAUCAUGCAAUGUGCCAAAAUUAGUGGGCCACAUAAUAGCACCUGGUGAGUCUAAAAGUCAAUGGUCUGUUAUGCUGCACGUGAUGCUAUAGAUGAAUGAGGCGAAGUAUUGUGAAAACAGAUUUUUCUAGGAUCAAGACAAGCAUCUUUUGAAACCUAGAGAAGAAUUAUUGAUUGCAAAGUAAUUAUCUCAGUGUUCAAUUUGUCCAACUUUUAAACACUUUGACUGAGCUCAAUUCAAUGUGCCUUCAACUGUUCAGCAGAAUAUCACUAUUUCAUGUCAAGUUGCCAAGAGUUCCUAAUCUGAUCUAUGGUACAAUUCAGCAUUACAAUUUUACUUCUGUAUGCAUCAGAGGUUUAAAUGAUUUCUGUCAUUCUUUGACAAACCCCAAGCUUAGACCUUGAAGAAUGAAUAAUCUCUCACCUUAUACAAUAGUUGCAAAUAAUGAAGGCUAUGUAUUUUGUACUGGGGUCUCCGGGGUCAUUUUCAGCUUGUAGUAUAACUCAUUGCAACUUUAAUGGCAGGUUGCUCUGACAUGCCAUUGAGUUCCAUUACCCUGGUUGCUAAGCUGCGACAGCUCAGUUUUUGCCGUGUGUAUCGAGUUAUUUAUUUUUAAAGAUCCAAUUUAUUAUGAAGCACCCAAGCAGAAUAAUCCUCAAGUCUAAUUAAAUGAUUCUUCAAACUCUAUUGUUGAGAGGUAAUUUGUGGACAAACUGAUUGUUUUAAUUAAACUUCACUAAGCCACAGGCCUGUUUUUAAAUGCUUCUAUAAUUGAAUAGGGAAUAUAAUGUAUGUUCAACUUUCUAAAACAUAAAAGUAAAUACAAAAUAAGCAGCAUGCUUAAUGAAAAUGAUCUACUUGUUAUAUAACUUGCAUGUUAACAUUUAGGUUUGGAAGUAGGCUGGUAAUGAUUAUUUUAUCAAUGUGUAAGAGAAAGAUGGAAUCCCUGCAGUAUAGCAACAUGUCAAUCAGUCAAAUUUCCCCUUCAAAUUAAGUGACUAACUGCUGUAAUACUUUAGAAAACCUCUGACUAUGCCUGACAUCAGAAGAUGCAGGACAAAAAAACAAGAUUCUUUCCUUUCCUAUUCUUCUUAUCCUUCUUUUUUCCCUUUUUUAGAAAUUAAAAAAAAGGUAAAAUCCCUCUAUUGUAAAUUUGUGUUAUUUUGUGGUGCUAAAUGUCUCCCUCUGUUGUCUAUCUUGGGUAAUAAAAAAUAAAUAAAACAAUUAUCGAAAUGGGGCUUUAAGUUUAUUUGACCUUUGUUAUGAUCUUGGAUGGACAGCUAUUUAUCUUUUGCCUUGUAUAUGGAUUACGCAUCAUGUUCAUGAUCUGUAAUUAUUGACAUUUGUGGAGAAACGUGAUCAAGUAUCAGCCAACCUUUUCAGUGUUGUUAUUGACAAAAAUGAAAUGCAUUGCAUUAAUUUACCAAACAAAUAAAGUCUAAUG